GGUAUAUUUGGUAUUAUUUAUGGUUCUCGAGCCCAACGGUAUAUUUUAGUGGUCGAUCUACGGUCACGCUGAAAUAUUUGUACACAAUAAAAACCGGCUCGUUUUUUCGCUGAAAAAGAACGUUACUCUCUGCAAAAUGAUCACCGACAUGCAACUGGCCAUUUUCUCCAACGUUCUGGGCGUGUUUCUGUUCCUGCUGGUGGUUGCCUACCAUUAUAUUAAUGCCAAUACCGGAAAGCCCAGCGCCAAGGCAAAAUGAUGUAGAAUGUUUCCGCUAACAGACUAAUGUAGUUGUACCAGGAUAAUGAUAAUGCUGCUUCAUUCGCAAAAUAAAUAGUUGUACAAAUCUAA